CUUGACAACUCAUACAAUAAACACUAAACUUAUUUUAUUUUAUCCAAAAAUUAUUAUACAGCAAGUGAUUUAAAAACUACCUUUUUGAUGUCUGUGAAAUUUUGUGAGUACGUAUAUAGAGCUUUUAGCACAUCUUCUACAGGAAAUUAAGUUACCAAAAAAUAAAAGAGUAAUCUAAUACUUCUAUCAAAAUGUAAAGAAGUGCUUUCCGUGUAGCUUAAGACAAUAACUACUGCUUUUUAAGCAAAUAUUUCAAUUUAUUAUAAAUUGCUUUUGCUCUUUAGGUAGUUUAGAAAGAUGUUGCCGACAAAAGGAGCGAAACAUAUUAUAUCAAUUCUUCCCCGUCGAAGCGUAUUUAACGAACGAGUGAAAUUAACGACAGGCCCGGAAGAAUGCACGACAAAUGUGGACAAAGUACAAUCUUUUGUUGUUCAAAUGGAAUCUCCUACAGAAGAAAAUCAAAUAUCAGAAUCACCAAUAAGUGUCCAGCAAACGACCAUUGAAACGACAGCAGUUGAAGAAUCACCUCAACAAUUCAAUCGUCUUAUUCGAAUUGAAAAGUUUCCCAGGAAGCUAUUUGCAUUAGUUAAUUUGGGAGGCUGCUCAGGUAUUCAAUGGACUCAUGACGGGAAAAGUAUCGUUAUAGAUCCUUAUCUCUUUAAGAGCCAAUACUUGGAUACUACGAAAAAUGUUUUCAAAACAACAAAUAUUAAAUCUUUUAUCAGGCAAUUAAACCUCUAUGGUUUCAAAAAGCAAAAAUCUCAUCCAAGUAAAUAUAAAGCUCAUGUUCUAGAGUUUUUCAAUGAGUAUUUUGUAAAAGGAAGGCCAGAUCUUUUAUUAGCUGUUCAACGACGACGAAAUGUUAAAGUGAUAAAAAAUGAGCUCUGCUCCGAUUCUGCACCGUCUGGUUCUAACAACCAAAGAAAGCCAACUUAUAUCUUAAGUAAUGACAAGAAAAUAAAUAAUAAUAAUGACGAUACUUUCAAUGUGAAUGCUUUCUUUGAGGAUAUUAGUCAUCUUCCCGCCAAUCAAAAACAAUUGAAAUUAGCGAAGUUAGCACAAGAUCGAAUUAAAUUAAACAAAAAAGUCUCAUCAAAAACUAAUAAUUUGACCUUAUUACCGGCAAAAAGAAGAUAUUCUUUAAAAUCUCGACAUAAGCCAUUAACCCCUGUGAAGAGUAACCUGGCAAAUUCUCGAAAGUUUUCUUCUGAAGCCGAUAAUAAAAUUCGCCGAUCUAAAAUUAGUUCAUUUAAACAACGCUUAGAUAGUUUGUUAAAACAGAAAAAAGAGCAAAAGUUACCAUCGACUAGACAUAAACAUGCAAGAAAUAUUCUUGAAAAGAAAACUAUCGAAGAAAGCUCUGUGACUGAUGAUCAAUCAGAACUAGUGGAAGAAAAUAGGGACGAGCCUCCUGAGAAUAGAAUUACUUAUACGUUAGAGAAAUUUACAGCCUUGAAAUUAAAAGCUGCUUCAUAUCCUACAGAAGAUCGAUGGACUCAUGAGUCAGAACCAAAAUUACAAUGCUCUUUUUAUCUAAAUGCUGAAUUAGAAACUGAAACUGUAGAGUUAGAAAGUGGUACAAGACACGAUAUAUUAGUUACUUGCGCCAGAGAUAGAUUUCUGUCAUGUCUUUUGUACACGAAUGUUUCGGGAAAGCUUCCAUAUUUUACACCGGGACCAUUACUCAAAGUUGCGGGAUGCGGGAGCAUACCUUUACUCUUGACUUACAUUACUAACUGCAGCCUUUGUUGGGGUGUUGCAUGCUUGGACCGCAAACAAUCUUUAAUAUAUAUACUCUGUGCUAGUUCCUUCGAUACUGCUCUGCCCGAACUUCCCGAUGGACGUCAAAAAGAUAAUUUACCUGUUGUUAUUCAAGAUGCUGAUACUACAAGCGUUCUACUUUUGGCCCAUUUAUUACUGCCGAAACAUAAUUGAAAAUUUAAUUAAAAUAAUUGUGCUAUCAUAACUUAAUAAUAUUUCUAUUUGCUUAUUUUCAUUUUUCGCAAUUGUCUACAUUUAAAAGAGAAAUAUUGAGCAAUUUACUCGGAAAAAUGAAAAUAAUUCGUUAUAAAAGAUAUCGAAAAUUUACUAUAACAUGUAAAAUAUCUAAUACUUGUACAUAGAAUGAUAUAUAUUUUUCAAAAUUCAUCUUUGAAUUAUUAUUGUGAUUGCAUAAAGAGUAAUUUUCAGUUUUCGAUGCUUUGUUUACAUAUUUAGAGGUCACAUUCCGAGUUACAUUUUCAUAUAUAAUUGUUUCUAUAACUAUAUUUAACUGCAUGCUAAUUAACUGCUGAUCAUCUAAUGAAUGAAUAUAUUAUAUUAACACUACAGCCUAUUUGAAUUUCAAAUUGUUCGAAACCCCAGUCGAAACCCGC